AACUCGGAAAUGACGUAGGCACAGUUUUCGCACAACCAGGAAGUGACAGGCGUGCUAACACAGCGACCAACGCUUUGCGUCAGGGACUCUUCACAGACUCAGAGCUUUUCCUCAUCUUCAUCGCUGUCGCUCGACUCAUGGCUUAUCCAGGAUACGGCGGGUAUGGGGGUGCGAUGCCGGGCAUGCCAGCUCAGGGGAUGCCGCAGCAGGGAAUGCCAGGAGGGCACAUGGGAGGUCCCAUGCCGGGGCAAAUGGGUGGGCCCAUGGGAGGCGCACCACCCCAGGGAGGAUACCCUGCUUAUGGAGGAGGCUAUCAAGCCCAAUAUGGUGCCCCACAACUGGCUGCCAACGAUCCAAUGUGGGGUUACUUCACAGCCAUAGCAGGCCAGGACGGUGAGGUGGAUGCAGAGGAACUCCAGAGGUGUCUGACUCAGUCGGGUUUCACUGGCAGCUACCAACCUUUCAGCCUGGAUACUUGCAGGAUCAUGAUCGCGAUGCUCGAUAGGGACCACACGGGCAAGAUGGGUUUCAACGAGUUCAAGGAUCUGUUCGUGGCUCUGAACGGCUGGAAGCAGAACUUCAUGAUGGUGGACCAGGACAGGAGCGGAAACAUCGAUCCUAACGAGAUGUCUCGGGCCAUCAACGCUAUGGGCUACCACAUCAGUCCUCAGACUCUCACUGUCAUCAUCAAGCGCUACAGCAAAAAUGGCCGAAUCUUCUUCGAUGACUACGUGGCGUCCUGUGUCAAACUGCGCGCUCUCUCAGACCACUUCAGGCGGAGAGACACCAUGCAGCAGGGAACUGUCGCCUUCCAGUAUGAUGAUUUCAUCCAGUGCACAAUGGCCGUCUAAGUGCUGCAGUCCGCCCCGGCACCACGAGGUAAGGCCGUCUCACGGACCGACCGGCGGCUGAUUCUGGAGCAGUGCCUCACAGGAAUGCAAAGGGAGGCCAGUAAAUUAGACUUUGAGGCCAUGAGGUGCAACAUGAAAGUACAAAUUGCUUGUAAUGCUUAACAUAAUGCUUUAGUCUUGUAUGUCACAUGGGGAUGAGUUGAGGGUGUAUGAGAUGUACACACACAUGCGCGCAUAUAUAUAUACAGAGUAUGUAUCCACCGUAGAGGGAAUAUAAUAGAUUUCUAUAAUAAAGUUCUGUGUCUUGAUACUAAAAAGGAUGAUGUGGACACCUAUUGUGCCAUUAUACUCUCUGAAUGUAUGGUUAAAUAUAUGAAAAGGUCAUAACAAAGGCAGCAUCCUGGUUAAUGAGUAGGUGUUAGCAGCAUUACCAGAUGAACAGGAGGUAGACAUUCAGACAGAUAGGAACUCCUAGCUUGUGCAGCUUGUCCUGUGCAGUGUCUGUGUUUAAAGCAUUUUAUAAGAAAGAAAUAUUGUGCACUUCUGUUUUAUAAAACUUGUAUUGAGCCUUACAUUAACCAUUAAUAGAUGCAUAUUAACCUUGCUGUUUAACUUGAUAACGAGCCAAAGUGACUGUGAGCUGAACCACACUGAUAUUAACAUGUUGCCAUAUAUGUAGUCUCUUUUAUUCAAGAGUGUGGUGUUUCAGUUUGAAAGCAGGACUUAAUGAUUGGUCAUGUUUUCACUGAGAACCCUGCGCUUGCACUCUCCACAUGCUCAAACGUUUCUCUUUGGAGUUUUUCUUCUGCUCUCCAAUUUUAAUGUGCAACAAAUCUUUUAAACUUCCCCAACCAAUAGAAUGGUGUCGAGUUGAAGAAUUAAAUUCCCCAAAUCCAAGAGCAGAGGAAAAGGUCCAUAAGAACAGAGGAGAAAUCUGAAUGCAAAGGCUGAAAAACCAAGCUCUUGAAUAAAGAUGUGAAAACCCCAUCGUCACCUAGUAUAGCUCUUCACACUGUAUGUUCAUAUACUUACUUUUUGUUUCCUUGUUUCAUAAACACAGCCAGUUUUUUGCAGUGAAGUCAAAUCUCCUCACACACCCGGUGUUGCAGGAAAUAUCAUAUUUUGUUAAUCAUAAUAAACACUUUUUAAUCAGUA